AUGUCUGCUCUACCAACCCUCCUCAACCUCCUCUUCGCUGCCGUCGUGCUCUUCGUCGCCCCAUCCCUCGCCUACCAACCUCUCUCCGACACCCAACUCAAAGCCAUCCCCGCUCCCCUCAAUUCCGACUUCGACAUCAAAACCGGCGCGCUCCUCGCCCCGAUCCUGAUCCCUCGCGUCCCCGGCACUCCAGGACAGGCCAAAGUCCAGAAACACUUUGUCGACUUCUUCUCGCGCGAACUGCCCGAAUGGGACAUUUCGUGGCAGAACUCAACAGCCACCACUCCCCUCUCAGGGAAGAAACAAAUCCCUUUUCAGAACCUGAUCUUCCGACGGGAACCACCAUGGACGAAGGAGCGAGGGCCGGGCAGGGCGGCGCUGUUGACGCUGGUGGCGCAUUAUGAUUCCAAAAUCAGCCCCGAAGGGUUCAUCGGGGCGACGGACAGCGCGGCGCCUUGUGCGGUGUUGAUGCAUGUCGCUAGGACGGUGGAGGGGUAUUUGAAGAAGGUUUAUGAAAAAGGGGUUUCCGGGGAACUGGGGAAGGAGGGGAGGGAGGACCCAAAGAGGGAAGUGGGGGUGCAGAUAUUGUUGUUGGAUGGCGAGGAAGCGUUUAAAGAGUGGACAGAUACGGACUCGCUUUAUGGUGCUAGAUCUCUCUCCGAGGAAUGGGAGAAUACACCCUACCCGGCCCUGUCGCGCUUCGCCAACCCCAUUCGGCAAAUCGACCUCUUCGUCCUGCUCGACCUCCUCGGCUCCGCCGACCCGGGCGUGCCCUCGUACUUCCAGACCACCCACUGGGCGUACAAGAACAUGGCCACGGUUGAGGCGCGCAUGCGCGCCCUUGGACUCUUGGAAAGCAAACCCAAGGACCCGUUUCUGCCCGAAGCCGGCAAGCUCAAGGAGCAUUUUGGCAGGGCCUACGUGGGCGAUGAUCACCAACCGUUCAUGGCUAAAGGAGCGCCGGUGCUGCAUAUGAUCCCGACCCCGUUUCCGCAUGUGUGGCAUAAGAUUGAGGAUGAUGGGGAGCAUCUGGAUUUGCCCACGGUCAGGGAUUGGGCGAGGAUUGUGACGGCUUUUACUAUUGAGUAUCUGGAGGCUACGACAGGAGAGGCUGGGGCUGCUGGAGGUGGGAAGGAGGGAAAAGGGGAGGAUGCUGCUGCUGCUGCUGCAAAGCAGGGGACUACUGAUGGGGAGGAGAAGGCUGGUGAGGGUGCUGGGAAAGGGCCUUGAUGGAUAUCUUGUCUCAUUGUUUUGUUGUUCACUAGUCGGUUUAUAAGAAGCUGUCAAUAUACAUGGUUCAGGUAAGCAGCCAUGUAUAAACCAGUUGUGGAUGAAAGUGCAGUGCUGUCACGGUACACUCUGAAUCUAAGUUUAGAUGCUCCU